GUCUAAUCAAAACAAUUUUCAUAUAAUCUUCAUUUACAACAAUUUCAAAAAUACUAACUUAAAUCCUCAUUUGUCAUUGAUGAACAUAUUAAUCAAGUAAUCUGGUAAUUAUACAAAAAAUAAUAAAAUCAGUAACAAUUUACUCUAACUAUACGCAGUUCCUAAUUUGCUUAUACAAAGGAAUUCCUAUAAAUAACAUGUAAUUCUACUGUUCUAGGUCCAAUCCACAUUGAUUAUAUAUAAAAUACUUAUCAUCAAUUUAUAAACAGCAAAAAUAUUACAUGUUUAUAUGCAGAAUAUUACAUGUUUAUUUGCAGAAUAUUACAUGUUUAUAUGCAGAAUAUUACAUGUUUAUUUGCAGAAUAUUACAUGUUUAUAUGCAGAAUAUUACAUGUCUAUUUGCAGAAUAUUACAUGUUUAUAUGCAGAAUAUUACAUGUUUAUUUGCAGAAUAUUACAUGUUUAUUUGCAGAAUAUUAUAUGUUUAUUUGCAGAAUAUUACAUGUUUAUUUGCAGAGUAUUACAUGUUUAUAUGCAGAAUAUUACAUGUUUAUUUGCAGAAUAUAACAUGUUUAUUUGCAGAAUAUUACAUGUUUAUUUGCAGAGUAUUACAUGUUUAUAUGCAGAAUAUUACAUGUUUAUUUGCAGAAUAUUACAUGUUUAUAUGCAGAAUAUUACAUGUUUAUAUGCAGGAUAUUACAUGUUUAUUUGCAGAAUAUUACAUGUUUAUAUGCAGGAUGUUUAUUUGCAGAAUAUUACAUGUUUAUUUGCAGGAUAUUACAUGUUUAUUUGCAGAAUAUUACAUGUUUAUUUGCAGAAUAUUACAUGUUUAUAUGCAGGAUAUUACAUGUUUCUUUACUGUUUUUAUGUUACCAGAAUUCUGGGUUAUCCCCUAUUGUAUGUUCCACUUACAGAGAUUCAUUUACAUUAAGUUGAUGGAUUAUGGUAGUUACAAUUAUGGAGGUGCUCCACUAUAAGAGGUGUUCUUAAAAAUGUUACAAUUAUGGAGGUGCUCCACUAUAAGAGGUGUUCUUAAAAAUGUUACAAUUAUGGAGGUGUUCCACUUUAAGAUGUGUUCUUAAAAAUGUUACAAUUAUGGAGGUGUUCCACUAUAAGAGGUGUUCUUAAAAUGUUACAAUUAUGGAGGUGUUCCACUUUAAGGGGUGUUCUUAAAAUGUUACAAUUAUGGAGGUGUUCCACUUUAAGAGUUGUUCCACUUAACAAGUUUACUGUACUUAAUAUAUAUAAUUAUAUAUUAUAUAAUAUUCUACUGGUGGUGUAUGCGAUUCGGAAAAUAAAUGAAACAUCACAAAUCAAUAUUAAAUCAAUCAAUUUUUCUAUACCUCAUACCCUGUGUGGUAGUAUUAAUAUCAACAAUACAGUACUACUAUGCAGGAUAUGAGGUAUAGCAAAAUAAAGGAAUAUUAAACAUGUAUAAUUCCAAUGCACAUGUGCUAUUAAGUUUAUAAAAUCGACACUUAACUCAAAAACAUGCUUGCUUUAAAGAAACAAGCAAGCUACCAACGAGAGUUAUCCAAGUUCAUUUUUUGAUGGGUUUUCUUAUGUGUCCUUAAACUUGCUGGUGCUGAAAAUCCCCGAUCGCACACUGGGCAUUUGUAUGGUCUCUCGCCAGUGUGGAUAUUUGUGUGAUAAUCCAAAUGACAUUUCUUAGUGAAUGUCUUCAAGCAUGUAUGGCAUUUGUAGUUUCUGGGCUGAUUGUGUUUGGGACUUCUUGGCUUCCUUUGGGAUGGGUAUUGUAUUUGCUGACCAUAUGUUUCUGUCGGCAGCAUGGAUGUCCCGGCUUUCACCAGUUGGUGAUAAAGUAUCGAAUCCGAGGGAUAAACUGCAAUAUAAAUAACAAAUUAUUCAAAGCAUUUUUUGAGAAAAUAUUAACCCACAUAAGAAUUACAAUUUUUCAG